AUGACCACGCUCGCCGCCCUCCCCCGGGCGCUCUCCCGCCCCACCCCCCUCGCCUGCACCCCGCGCAUCUUCACCCGCGGCGAAGCCACCUCCCGCCGCCUGACCAAAAAGCUCCGCCUCGGCCCCCACCCCAGCAUGAUCGUGGGCGGUCACGGCGGCGUCGCGCCCACAGCCUCCCCCGCCAUCAACCACAUCAUCCACAACCCGCCGUCAGCGGCGCCCAGCGUCUUCGCGACCCCCAACCUCUUCCUGCCGAAGGAGGACCCCCGCCGCGACGCCCUCCUCGCCAUCGGUGACAGCAAGGCGAGGGCGAAGCUGCCGCCGCCCGUCAAGCGGCCAUACGAGAAGAAUUACCAUCUCGGCGAGGCAGAGAUCGCCGAGAUGCGUACGCUCAGAGCCGAGAACCCGAAUAAGUGGACGCGCGGGAAGCUGGCGGAGGAGUUUGGCACGAGCAGGUUCUUUGCCGGGAUGGUGGCCGAGACGACGGCCGCGAGGAAGGAGGAGAUGCAGGGACGGCUGGCAACGAUUAAGAGUAGGUGGGGCAAGAUUAGGACGAAUGCGAGGUUUGAGAGGACGAGGAGGAGGGCUGGGUGGGGUGGGGCGGAUGGGCAGUAG